AUGUUUCACAACCAUUGCAUCUUAUCAACCAUUUGGGCGGUAGUAUAUCCCAUCAGAAAUGGCAUUUGCCGCCAGAGGUAUCCUUCCGUCUCCUCCAAUGCCUCCAUAGAUGUUCUUCAUCUUUGCCGCUGGGCUUUGGAGAGUUUUUCCGGUCUGGAGGACUUGGAGGCACAGCUCAGCCAAGUGCAGCAGCUCGGUGAAGUUCCGUCCGGAAAGCACUUUGGGUUGGAAGCCCUUGGGUUUAGCGCCAGCGUGGCGUCCUUGCGUGUUGGAGGGCUGCACUGGAUGCUGCGCGACGGCCGCCGCGGUGUGGUGCUGGAGUUUCUGGCAGGUCGCUUGGUGACCCACGAGGAGAACGGCUUGGCAGGUUUGGCAUCGGGGAAGGACCCAAACGAUGGCAAGGAAGGCUUCGGCAUCAUGACCAACGAACCCCCUUAUUCCUGGCAAGUUGAAGCGGUGAAACACCUGCAAUGGAAAGAAUCCCUGGCUCGGACCGCUGUCAGUGUGCCUGGGAGCUGGUACCCCGAUGAUCGCUUCCAGCGCCUUUUUUUGGUGAAGCGUGGCAUGCCGCAGCCGAAGGACUACCAGGAGGCUGUCAUGCAAGCAGUGCACGUUUUGAACACUGUGACGGUGCCAAUGGGUUUGCAGAUGGGCACAGAUAGCGGGAAGGGCUCGGGUGAAGGUUCAGGCGAUCACACACAGUGGGCUGUGAUCUACGACCACCAUCAGGGCAUCAUUUAUUGGAGAUCAGCUGAGAAUCAAAAUUUGCAGAGGCUUCAGCUGAAGAAGCUUUGGGCCUCGGGGCUAAAGAGGCGCAUAAGCGCGAAGGCCUCCCAGCUCGCAUGGUUCCACGACGUUGUGAUGGACGACAUGUCGGAGCUGAAGGAAGAGGCCACUCAACUUGGACGUCCAACAGAGAAGUCAAUGAGGAUUUGA